AUGGCUCCGAAAAAGCAGAAGGAUACAUCAACGAAGUCCCGCGGCAACCUUGUAGAAGAUGAGGCGCUUGACUGGCUGAAGCCGAGAGCAUUGAUAAAACCUGACAAUCAAGAAGACGUUCCAGAAGCUGAACUUGAAGAAGAAGUUGGUCGGAUAUUAACAACAAUUAAUCCUCAGUGGGUCGCCGAUGAAGUGGCGUAUCAUUAUGGGCAAGGUAGAUUUGUGACCAAAGCCAAACCGACGUAUGGUAAAGCAUAUCCUCUGUAUAUCUACCAGGGGACGGCUAUACGCAAAGAUUCAGAAGAGGCAAAGGCUCAAAUUGCAGCAGGCUAUGGUAUGGUUGGUUUUGAUGACGCUGGACCGAAACGAGUGAAAGUUAAAAAGUCAGCAGCGGAGGAAGAAGAAGAGGAGGAACCAGAGCCCGAAAAUGCUUCACCUGAAGAAGUAAAACCUGAAGAGGAUGUACAAGACGAAGAAAAACCAAAGGAAGUAGUUGAUGAACAAGAAGUUUUACAACCUGAAGCUGUAGAUGAAGAAGCAGAAGCUGCAGCUGACGAAGGUGCUGAAGAAACCGCCCCAGAGGAAAAAGAAGAAAGCGAGGCGCAAGUUGAAGAAAAAAUAGAAAUAAAACCAAGAGUUAAAAAGCUUGCUAAUCAAUUCAAUUUUUGCGAAAGAGCCGCUCUCACAUACAAUUUUCCAAGACGGUCUGUCGACACGCAAACUAUCCCACCACCACGAGCUAAUUAUGGAGCAACUGUUCUCCAAUGCAUCAUCUUCGAUUAUUACCAAGAGGACUACGCUAAAAAGCAACGCGAAAAAGAAGAGGAAAAACCUAAAAGAUUGCGUAAAAAAGCAGCAAAGCAUGUGAAGUCAGCACAACAAAUACAUGACGAGCAACUGGCACAACGUAUUCGCGAAGCCUGGACAAUCCUUGAAAGAUUGGUCAACCAAAACAUUUACGACGAUAUCGCUCAAGAUUACCGCUACUGGGACGAUCCCUCAGAUGAAUUUCGUGAAGGUAUGGGGUCCUUAUUACCUCUAUGGAAAUUUCAAUUUGAGCCGAUGCGAAAUCACGCUGUAUGUGACGUGCAGUGGAAUCCGCACUACCAGGAUUUGUUUGCAGUCGCUUAUGGAUCGUUGGAUUUUACACAACAGCAGAAACAAGGAUGUUUGUGCUUGUACAGCAUAAAAAAUCCAGCAUAUCCAGAGUAUUCGGUCAUCACUGAUUCUCCGAUUAUCUGUCUGGACGUUUUUAAAGAAACUCCUUAUCUUGUUUGCGUCGGUCGCUACGACGGUAACGUAUGUGUUUAUAAUGCACAAUUAACAUUGGAGUCCUCUUAUCAAUAUAAAUCAGAUUCUGUGAGAGAUAAACACAGCAACAUUGUUUGGGAGAUCCGUUGGGGAGCUCGUCUAAUUGACGGCGAGGCAUCGUUCUUCUCAAUAUCUGGUGAUGGGCGCGUGGUGCAGUGGGCGGUGAUGCCGGGCGAGCUGCAGGCCACCACCAUCAUCACUCUGCACUCCAGCGUGCCGCCCAUACCCGGCCCUGAUGGGACGAUGAUCACCGUCAAUAGUUGCGGCAGUUGCAUCUGCUUCCACCCAGAGAAGCCAGAUAUCUUCAUGGUGGGCACUGAAGAUGGGAUGAUCCACACUUGCUCGUUGAAAUACAAUCGGAAUUAUGUCCGAUCGGUACAAGGACACCACAUGCCUGUGUACAGGAUCCACUACAACUACUUCAAUAACAGCAUCUACGCAUCUUGCUCCGGCGACUGGAGGGUGAAGAUAUGGGAAGACGGGCGAGAUGAACCACUGUUCAUGUUCGAACUGGGUUCUCCAGUUGGUGAUGUAAAAUGGGCGCCCUACUCCAGCACUGUAUUUGCAGCGUGUACCGCCGAUGGAAAAGUUUACGUUUACGACUUAAACGUCAAUAAAUAUCGUCCAAUUUGCGUGCAAGCUGUCGUUUCGAAGAAAACUAAGAAACUCACAAGGAUCGACUUCAACCCUAGACUGCCGGUCGUCGUUUGCGGCGAUACUAAAGGUACAUGUCACGUGGUUAAAUUAUCACCGAACUUACGAGUAAUGUGUAAACCACCUAAGAAGGCUCAAGGAAUUGAUCAGCGAAGUUUACAGAUUAUGAAGCUGGAUAAGCUGCUUAGUUUAGUACGAGACCCGCCAUUCCAGACUGGCGUUGUUGACGAAAAGUUCGACGAUGAUUAAACUUAUUUUACUUUAGGAUAAUUUAUAAAUAAAACAAAAAUUUACUU